UUCGAAUCUCUCACUGAGUCGUCAUCUUAAUAAAUGCUGGGAACUUGAGCAAGUCCGGCCAUGGCGACCAUUUCUCAUAUACCUUUCUCUAUGUCCUUCCCGUCUUUCGAAUUUCGGAAACCAUCGUUCUAUUAUCAUCGUCAUCAGCAACCUCAACUUUUCGUUUCGUACUUGAAUUCCACGAAGAAGCAUGGUUUUGUCUGUUUCGCUUGUUCCAUCAAACCAACCAGAGUUCGUAAGAGAGUGAAGAGCAAUGAGGAGCUUCGGAGUGAGAUUACGGAGUUCGUUGCUUCGGCUGGUCUUCCCGAAGGUCACGUGCCGUCCAUGAAGGAGCUCUCGGCACAUGGAAGAGUUGAUCUAGCCAACAUUGUCCGACGAAGGGGAUAUAAGUUUAUCAAGGAACUUCUUGCAAAUUCAGAUGUGGAAGAAGACUCUAUAGAGGUAGUCCCUGAGAAAAACGCGAGCGUGGAAACAAGUGCAGGUCACAUUUCUUUGGAAGAUUCGAUAACAGAAGGUCAGGGCGAAGGAGCACUGAAUGUGGUUGAUGCAAUCUUGUCUUUUGAACUACCUUCGAGCAGUGAAAUAUACUUAACUGCAACAGAUGGAAGAAUGCCUCUUGAUCAGGGAAAAGAUCUAAAUGAUGUUGUCACAAAUUCAAGUACCGAGGCUGAAGAACACGGAAAUUUGAGUAAAAAUGAAUCGUCAUUGGCUGGAUUUUUGAGCAUGGAAAACUCCCUUUCUAACUUGGGUGACAAUGAUCAUUCAGGAGAUAUUACAGAAAACAAUUUGAAGAUUGAGAGCGUGGAGCUUAAUAAUAGAGCUGCCAUUGAAAACUCAUCUUCUGAAGCUUCAAUAUCUGCAAACCAUUCUCUAGUUUUAGAUGAUACUUCAAGCCGCUGUCCCGACAUAGAAGCUGACAAUGUUUUGAUGACAGAGGAUGGGGAGGUCAAUUAUGUGGAGAAAGAUACCUAUGGCCAUUACACCAGUCCUACCUAUGAUCACUACACCAGUCCUACCUAUAAUCAUUACACUAGUCCAGAUCCCAGUUACAUCAAACAUGUUGACAUUGCUACUGAAUCCUUGCCUCUUUUGACCUCGGAAAACACCAUGUCAAGUGCAGAGAAUUUUCAGAGUCAGCAGAUUGAUGAUAUGGUUGGAAAUAGUUCUGGUCGUGUUGAUGAUAGCUUAGUUGAGUCUGAGGAUAAGGAUUGGAUGUUAGGAUUUUCUUCUCAGACUUCAAGCAUAGAAGAAAAAACAACCAGAUUUAUUCAGAAUGGAUACUUGGAUACAGAUGAGGAAAAUGACAUACCCAAUGGAAGCUGUCCUGAAACUGAAGAAAGUGCAGAGACAACCAUAGGAGACAGUCAUGGUGGUAAGAGAAGUGUAAGUACUCCACCAAAUGGAAGUGCCCUAGCAUUGGAGGAGUUUACGUAUGCUACAGAAGUUAAUAGCUCUGACAGGAAUAGUGAUCAGAGAGAUGGGAGUGCUGACAUGGAUACGGAUCCACAUGAUGAGACCAGGAAACGGGAAAAUCAGGUUGAAAUUACUCGGCUGAGGUCCAUGCUGCUUCAAAAAGAGCUGGAGCUGUCAAAGUUGAAGGAGCAGAUUGAAAAGGAAAAGCUGUCUCUAUCAGUUCUCCAAAGACAGGCUGAAACAGAGAUCCAAAAGGCCCAAACGCUUAUCGCAGAGAAGGAAGUUGAAUUGCAAGAAGCUGAGGAAAGUCUUUCAGGAUUGCAAGAGGUUGUGAUUGAAUAUAGCGGAGAUGGUAAUGUUGUGGAAGUGACUGGUAGCUUCAAUGGGUGGCAACACCGAGUGGGAAUGGAACUACAAGCAUCCAAGUCAAUGGGGAAACAGAAAUGCUGGUCAACAUUACUAUGGUUAUAUCCCGGUACAUAUGAGAUAAAGUUCAUCGUGGACGAGCAAUGGAUAACGGAUCCUCAGAGAGAUUCGGUUACAAGAGGACACAUCACAAACAACAUUCUCAAAGUAGACAGCUGAUGAUUUCUUGCUUUUCUUCGAGUUGAAAUUACUUUACACGAGCGGAGUGGGCUUCAACAGGUGAAAGGAACAGUGCAAAUCGUUUCAAAGUUUUGUUAGCCUCUUCAAUUAUUUCAAGUCAUAUAACGACGUUUUGCUUUUCUUCUGAAGCCUUAGGGGUAGUAGACUUUGUACAAAACUGUAAUUUCAGGUAAAUGAUUAAAUAAUACAUGAUUAUGUAUCAA